AUGAAGAAGAAGUAUCAACGUUCGUCGAGAGUGAAGUGUGCCCAUCUUCAAGCUUUAAGAAGAGAUUUUGAAACUCUACAGAUGAAAGAUAAUGAGUCUAUAACUAAUUAUCGUUCUAAAACUAUGGAGAUAGCAAACAAAAUGCACUUCCAUGGUGAAAAGAUGGAAGUUGUAGUCAUUGUUGAGAAGAUUCUACGUUCUUUGGCUCCAAGGUAUAAUUAUGUUGUUUGGUCAAUUGAAGAAUCUAAAGAUAUAGAUUCUUUGUUACUCGAUGAACUUCAAAUUCAAGGAGAAGAGGUCGAGGUCGAGGUAGAGGAGGAAGUCAAGGAAAUGGUAGCUGGAGGCAUCGAGAUGAAUCAAUUUUUCAAGGCAAAGGGAGAAACCAUAAUCAAUUUUCGUACAACUGUAAGCUUUGGUAAUCAUUCACAAGUCACUGUUAUGGGAAAGGGUGAUAUUCAAAUCAAGACAAAAAAUGAUAAUAUUGACAUUAUUUCAAAUGUCUUUUAUAUUCCUGAUUUGAGAAAUGAUGUGUUAAGUAUGGGGCAGCUACAAGAAAAAGGAUACACAGAUACAAUCAAGGAAGGCAUUUGUGAAAUUUAUGAUCCAAAAAGGGGCUUAAUUGCUCAGGUUAAGAUGUCUCAAAAUAGGCUAUUUCCACUGCAGAUUCAGACCAUACAACUUGUCUUUCAGUAG